UGACGUUCCACUGUUGCUCGGAGGAUUUUCUGUAAUUUUGAACAGGCAAAAUUGUGGUUACCUAAUUUGUCUGACAGGACCCGCCCACCACUAGCGGAAGAUGAAUGCAGGAAGCUACGGAGCCGGCUUCGGUGUAGGCUUCGGGAUGUGGUUUCUGUGUUUCCUGCUGCUGUCGCUGCUCUCUGAAGUGUCUGGGGGUGCAGACUCUAAGGCUGUCACCACCACCCUUACAACCAAAUGGGCAGAUACUCCUCUGCUGCUGGAGGCCAGUGAGUUCCUGGCAGAAGAGAGUCAGGAGAAGUUCUGGGACUUUGUGGAGGCCAGUCAGAACAUAGAAGGAGAACAUGAUGACACAGAUCAGGCCUACUAUGACCUGAUCGUGAAGAAAGCCAGUGCCUUUAUCAGCUCCGUCCAGGUGAACAUGCUGAAGUUCGCCCUCUCCUUAAGAGCCUACUCUGCAACAGUACACUCCUUCCAACAGAUAGCAUCCAAUGAGCCUCCUCCAUCUGGUUGCUCAGCAUUUUUCAGCGUCCAUGGAGAAAAGACGUGUGAUGCAGAAAGUUUAGCAGCACUGCUGAAAACAGCACCUGCGAGACCAAAGCCAUAUCUUUUUAAAGGUGAUCACAAGUACUCAGGAUCCAAUCCAGAUGCUCCUGUUGUCAUUCUCUACGCUGAAUUUGGGACACCAGAUUUCCAGAGGCUUCAUCAAGUCAUAGUAUCCAAAGUUAAUGAAGGCCUAGUGACGUAUGUUCUCCGCCAUUACCUGGCUAAACCAAGUGGAAAGAGGGUCUAUCUGUCUGGCUAUGGAGUGGAGCUGGCCAUCAAAAGCCAGGAGUACAAGGCAAAGGAUGACACGCAAGUCCAAGGGGCGGAGGUGAAUGCUACAGUGAUUGGAGAGAACGAUCCGGUGGACGAGGUCCAGGGAUUCCUUUUUGGCAAACUGAAGACCCUGUACCCUGAGCUCAAAGAACAGUUGAAGGAGUUGAGAAAACAUUUGGUAGAAAGCACCAAUGAAAUGGCACCCCUGAAAGUUUGGCAAAUGCAAGAUCUGAGUUUCCAGACAGCAGCUCGCAUUCUCGCCGCUCCCGCUGUCGAUGCCCUCAACGUCAUGAAAGACCUCAGUCAGAACUUCCCCACCAAAGCCAUGUCCAUCACUAAAACUGUGGUCAACUCUGAGAUCCGCAAAGAGAUCGGCGAGAACCAAAAGUUUUUCAAAGGAACUCUGGGCCUGCAGCCUGGGGAUUCAGCCCUGUUCAUUAACGGACUGCAUAUAGAUCUGGACACACAAGACAUCUUCAGUGUGUUUGAGGUGCUGCGCAGUGAGGCCAGAGUGAUGGAGGGUCUGCGCUCCCUGCACAUCGAGACGCCAUACAUCCACGACAUCCUGAAGCUCAACGUCCAGCCCUCUGACUCUGACUACGCUGUUGACAUCCGCAACCCCGCCAUCAGCUGGAUUAACAACUUGGAGACGGAUCACAGGUACAGCUCGUGGCCUUACAACGUGCAGGAGCUGCUCAGGCCAACCUUCCCCGGAGUCAUCAGGCAAAUCCGCAAAAACUUCCACAAUCUGGUGAUCAUUCUGGACCCAACUCAGGAGAAUGCUGCUGAGCUGCUCAGUGUUGCAGAGAUGUUUUAUGCUAACAACAUCCCACUCAGGAUAGGCUUGGUGUUUGUGGUGUCGGAUGAAGAUGACAUCGACGGCAUGCAGGAUGCCGGCGUGGCGCUGGUCCGAGCUUACAACUACAUCAGCGACGAGGUGGACAGCCAGAGCGCAUUUGAAGCCGUUAUCUCAAUGUUUAACCGGAUACCCAUCGGUGGACAGCUGAGUGUCGGGGACGUGGUGAAAGUGCUGGAGAAGAGGUUUCCCUACGUGGAGGUCAGCAGCGUCCUGGGAGCCGACUCCAAUUAUGACAGCAGCAGGAAGGAGGGGCGGGCGUAUUACAAGCAGACGGGCGUGGGCCCGUUGCCUGUGGUCAUGUACAACGGCAUACCUUACCAGCGUGAGCAGCUGGACCCGGAUGAACUGGAGACGGUCACGAUGCAAAAGAUCCUGGAGACCACCUCCUUCUACCAGAGAGCCGUCUACCUGGGCGAGCUGGCGACAGAUCACGACGUCGUGGACUUCAUCAUGAAUCAGCCCAACGUUGUUCCCCGCAUCAACCCCAGAGUGCUGUCCACCAGCAGAGCAUACCUGGAUCUGUCUGACACCAACAACCACUUUGUAGAUGAUUACGCUCGCUUCUCGACUCUGGACAGCAAAGAGAAGAGCACCGCUGUGGCCAACAGCAUGAACUACAUGACUAAGAAAGAUGACGGCUACAUCCGUCCUGUGACCUUCUGGGUGGUCGGAGACUUUGACAAGCCCUCAGGACGUCAGCUUCUUUAUGAUGCCAUCAGACACAUGAAAACCAGCAACAACGUCCGACUGGGGAUGAUCAACAACCCAUCAGGCUCUCCGUCCCUUGAGAUGAGCCGCGUGUCCAGAGCAAUCUGGGCCGCCAUGCAGACGCAGUCCGCCAACAACGCCAAGAACUUCAUCACCAAGUUGGCCAAAGAAGAGACAGCCGUGGCCCUGGAGAAGGGAGUCGACAUUGGCGAGUUCGCUGUCGGGGGUAUGGAUAUGGCAUUGUUCAAGGAUGCGUAUGAGAGUCCCAAAUUAGAUUUCCUGCUGUCCCACGCAGCCUACUGCCGAGACGUGCUCAAACUGAAGAAAGGACAGAAAGCAGUGAUCAGCAACGGAAGAAUUAUAGGUCCACUGGACGAGGAGGAGGUGUUUAACCAAGAUGAUUUCCUGCUCUUGGAGAGCAUCAUCCUGAAAACAUCCGGAGAGCGAAUCAAAAGCAAAGUCCAACACAUUGGUAUCGAGGAAGACAGGGCCAGCGACCUUGUGAUGAAGGUGGACGCUCUGCUCUCCUCUCAGCCCAAAGGAGAGGCCCGCGUAGAAUAUGGCUUUGCCGAUGAUCGCUACAGUGCUGUGAAGAUCCGCCCUAAGGAGGGAGACGUGUACUUUGAUGUUGUUGCCGUGGUGGAUCCUGUAACCAGAGACACACAGAAACUAGCUCCUCUCCUAUUGGUUCUGAAGCAGCUGGUAAACGUCAACUUACGGGUCUUCAUGAACUGCCAGUCCAAACUGUCGGAAAUGCCUCUCAAGAGUUUCUACCGUUACGUCUUGGAGCCGGAGGUGGCGUUUCAGGCCGACGGUAGUUUCUCUCCCGGCCCCAUGGCCAAGUUCCUGGACAUGCCUCAGUCUCCCCUCUUCACCCUGAACCUAAACACUCCUGAGAGCUGGAUGGUCGAGUCUGUGCACACCCGGUACGACUUGGACAACAUCUACCUGCAGGAGGUGGAGAAUAUCGUAGCAGCAGAGUACGAGUUGGAGCACCUUUUGUUGGAAGGCCAUUGUUUUGAUGUCAGUUCAGGCCAGCCGCCCCGGGGCCUCCAGUUCACCCUGGGAACCUCCUCCGAGCCGGUUAUCGUGGAUACGAUUGUCAUGGCGAACCUGGGUUACUUUCAGCUGAAGGCAAACCCCGGCGCCUGGAUCCUGAAGAUGAGGAAAGGACGCUCGGAUGAGAUCUACAAGAUUUACAGCCACGACGGCACAGACUCUCCAGCAGACUCCGAUGACAUUGUAGUCGUGCUCAACAACUUCAAGAGCAGGAUAAUUAAAGUCAAGGUCCAGAAGAAACCAGACAAGUUGAACGAGGAGCUGCUGAGUGACGGGACGGAGGAAAAUGACACUGGCUUCUGGAAUUCUCUGACCAGGGGGUUCACAGGCGGAGGAAAGACGGAGGAACUUAAGCAGGACAAGGAUGACGUGAUCAAUAUCUUCUCUGUGGCUUCGGGCCACCUGUAUGAGAGGUUCCUCAGGAUUAUGAUGUUGUCAGUCCUGAAGAACACCAAAACCCCCGUCAAGUUCUGGUUCCUCAAAAACUACCUGUCCCCAACUUUCAAGGAGUUCAUCCCCCACAUGGCGAAGGAAUAUGGUUUCCAGUAUGAGCUGGUCCAGUACAAGUGGCCCCGGUGGUUACACCAACAGACCGAGAAACAGAGGAUCAUCUGGGGCUACAAGAUCCUGUUCCUGGACGUGCUGUUUCCUCUCGCUGUCGACAAGAUCCUGUUUGUGGAUGCUGACCAGAUUGUGCGAACAGACCUGAAGGAGCUUCGUGACUUUGACCUGGAGGGAGCCCCAUAUGGUUACACCCCGUUCUGCGAGAGCCGGAGGGAGAUGGACGGCUACCGCUUCUGGAAGUCCGGCUACUGGGCGAGCCACCUCGCCGGACGCAAAUACCACAUCAGUGCCCUGUACGUGGUCGACCUGAAGAAGUUCAGGAAAAUAGCAGCAGGAGAUCGACUCAGAGGACAGUACCAGGGGCUCAGCCAAGACCCCAACAGCCUCUCAAACCUCGACCAGGAUCUACCCAACAACAUGAUCCACCAGGUGCCUAUAAAGUCUCUGCCUCAGGAGUGGCUGUGGUGCGAGACCUGGUGUGACGACAGCUCCAAGAAGAGCGCCAAGACGAUAGAUCUGUGCAACAACCCCAUGACCAAGGAGCCCAAGCUGCAGGCCGCGGUGAGGAUCGUGGCCGAGUGGACCGAUUACGACCAGGAGAUUAAACGUCUGCAGACCAGAGUGCAGGAGAGGGCAAACCACACAACAAAGCAGCCAGGCACAGAUGUUCACACAGAAUUGUGAGGAGCGGCGGCGGCGGCGACGAGGGGGCAGACAGGACUCUGUUUAAAGAGUCCGCUUCGUGAAGAGGCUCCUCUCCUGCGGACAGACUGACCACAAACCAGCGCCAAAAUGGUCAAAGGGGGUCUGUUCUUUUUUUUUUUUUUCUUGUCUUUUUUAAAUAACACGUGAAGGGGAGUGUGCAAGCAGUGAGAAUGUACUCCGUGAAGCAAAUCAAUAGAAAUUCUAUUUUCUUUUAGUUUUCUCUGCCCUGCAUUAGAUGUCGGUCUGUAACUUUGCACUGAUUGGGAUUCUGGUUCAGGCUGUGGUCGAAGCACAAAAGGGAGGACAGCCAGAUGAAAUCUCACUGCUGGUUAACUUUGAUCUCCAACAAACCAAACAUUUUGUCUGAAUUCCUCCUCAUGCACUGGAUUAAAACAACUUUAAAGCUGUUGGGCCUUCCUCUGAAUUGUACAGGAAUUUAUUCUUACAUUUUACAGAAAACAUUAUAGAUAAUUUGCUGUUAUUCCGAACUUAAAUCCAGGUGAUAUAUUUGAAGUCAAUAUCUAUACAAAUACUAUAAAGUUUUUUUUUAACUGAUAUGGCAAAUUAAUGUAAAAUCACAAAGUGACAUUCAAAGCAGUGAACUGCCAUCUGCUGGUAUUCGUUACAUCAGACUAAAUUCUUCAAACAUGUGUAAGAGAAACUUAAAAAACUCAGUUUGUUUGGUUUUUAUUACAGUUUAAGUGAAAGUAGGACUUUGGGCAGUGAUAUAUUUUUUUAAACAAUUCUACACUUUCCAAAUGAGAUAUUUGGAAAGUGCUAAAUUAAGGCCACCUCUACAUGUACUGUAUACAUUAUUUUGAACAGCAGUGGAUCCACUGGUCUGUCUUUUUUCUUACUACAUUUAGUACCCAACCCAAACCUAAAAUCACUUUAAAGGGAACGUUUAUGGAAUUUAGUCACGAGUACAUCAAUGAUUUUGAACUUGAAAUAAAAAGUAAGAAUAAAAUACUGAAUCCCCAGUUUCUUGUGGAACAUUACUGUCACUGAGACUCAGGGAAAAGAUGUGUGAAACUUGUCCAUGAAGUUCCAGAACCAGAGGAGAGCAGGAGAGCAGAGAGUUUGUGGUUCUGUGAGGGAAGAGCAGCCAUGACGUGUUCAGCUGAAACUGUCUGGUGUGUUUGUUAAAUGAAAACCCCCCAAAUAAAGAAGUGCUCCAGUGUGUUGUCAACA